UUUCACGCAGUAGCCCAUUCAAAACACAUCGGCCUGGAUUUUCUACAAAAACUGCGUUGCGAUUUGUGAGAUACUACCUGUUGAACCACAAAAUGUGCUCCAACACCAAAGAACGUGCCACACGACUCCAUGAACCCGGAAGAGUAUGUCGGGAGUUCUUAUACCUCCGAUCCAAGGUGCCCACUAGAGAAGUACCAGCUUUUACAUACCAGGCUCUACAGCCAAACACUGUGGUUAAGCCACCUCCCAAAAUCGACAUCUUCAAGCGGAAACCUGUGAAGGAGACCGUUUUCAAGAUCUACUUCAACCGGGGCGAUAUUCCGUGCGUUAUGUCCGGACGGAGCAGCAAACAGGACCCCACCAAGGAGCGGCCUGUGAAGUGGCACUGUGUCCCCGAGGACCUCGACUACUGUUACUAUCUGCCCAUCUUUGUGGACGGACUGGCGGACAUGGAUUAUGACACACGGCUCCUGGCCAUCAACGGGGCCAUGGAUCUAAUCAUGAGAUCGCCGAAAAAGGUACUGCCAGUGCUGCCAAAACUGAUCCUGCCACUGAAAAGGGCCUUUCAGACGCGAGACAAGCGAAUCAUCAUAUCUGCCCUUCAAGUCAUCCAGCUGAUGGUGCGUCUAGGCCCCUGUGUGGGACAGGCUCUCGUCCCCUUCUACCGGCAACUGCUCGCCGUGUGCAACCUGUACAAGAACAUUAACGUCAACCUGGGCGAGGGCAUUGAUCCCGACCGCAGUUGCCGUAUAGGUGACGUCAUCGAGGACACUCUCAAGCUGCUGGAGUACUGCGGUGGUCCGAACGCCUUCAUCAACAUCAAGUACAUGGUGCCCACCUACGAGAGCAGCGUUUUCCCCAAGUGCGAGGCGCCAGAGCCCCGAGAAGCUUGAAGUUUCUU